AUGGCUGAGAACCCCCCAUUACAGCUAGAGCGAUCAGUGACACCACAAAAUAAUACUAGCCCCGAAACACUCCCAUGCCGAAAGCGCCUUCGACAUGAUGCCUAUACUAUCGGGUGGGUAUGCGCCCUUCCAAAAGAACAGACCGCAGCGAGAGCCAUGCUAGAUGAAGAGCACGAACCCCUUCCGACCCCUCGUAACGACCAUAAUGCAUAUACCCUUGGCUUGAUAUGCGGCCACAACGUCGUCAUUGCCUGUCUACCUAAUAUGGGGAUCAACCCUGCCGCGACUGUCGCGACCUCUAUGAUAAACACGUUCCAAUCAAUCAGGUUCGGGCUGAUGGUUGGGAUUGGCAGCGGAAUUCCAUCGAAGGUCAAUCUGGGUGAUGUGGUGGUUAGCCAACCUGUUGCUGACUACCACGGGGUGGUACAAUGGGAUCUGGGGAAGCUGGAACGGGGUGGACAGUUCGUCCACACGGGCUCGCUGAACAGACCUCCGAACUUGCUUCUUCAUGCGUCGAAUCAGCUGAAAAGUAAUUAUGAGAUGUAUGGAUCGAAGAUAAAUGAGUAUCUGGAUGAUGUGGAAAGAAAAUUCCCGCGACUAGCGCCAAGAUAUACCAGGCGAGAAGAGAACGAGCAAUUAUCAGAUAACGCAGGGGAGGCAAGAACCCAAAGAAAAUUCCCGCGACUGGCGCCAAGAUAUACCAGGCGAGAAGAGAACGAGCAAUUAUCAGAUAACGCAGGGGAGGCAAGAACCCAAAGAAAAUUCAGGGUGCACUACGGCCUGAUCGCAUCCGGGAACAAAGUGGUUAAGGACGCCCAGUCUCGAGACUCCCUCGAUAAAGCAUUUGGCGGGCACGUGUUGUGUGUCGAGAUAGAGGCAGCCGGGCUUAUGAAUGACUUUCCCUGUAUUGUUAUCCGAGGCAUCUGUGACUAUGCGGACUCGGAAAGAGAGAAAAGUUGGCAAGAAUAUGCUGCCGCUAUGGCCGCUGCAUACGCAAAGGAACUUUUGGGAUGUGUGCAGCCGAGUGUUGUUGGUGACGAGGAUUCAGCAAAAGCCAUAUUGGAAAACGUUCAACAAGAGAUCGAUUGCGUGCAGCAGAUAACAGCCACAACGAAAGCUGUAAUGAAGCUUAACGAAGAUAAUCCAGACCCACUGACGAGCAUGUACAACCUAGCAUCGAUGUACUUGAAGCAGGGCCGAUGGAAUGAGGCGGAGAAGCUCUUUGUGCAAGUGACGGAGGCUCGCAAGACGAAACUUGGCGCAGACCAUCCUGACACGCUGACGAGUAUGAGCGACCUAGCGUCAACGUAUAGGAAUCAGGGCCGGUUGGAAGAGGCCGAACAGCUUUAUAUGCAGGUGAGGAAAACUCGCAGGCAAAUUCUAGGAUCUGGGCAUCUCAAUGUUCUGGACGUCUCCUCGGAGCCUGCCGAAUAUGAUAGACAUGUGGAAUUUGGGGAUACCGAUUCAUCCAGUGACAAUGACUCCGUAUUUUCUGUUCCUGCGUCUAUACCUAGCACCAGUUCGUUUGACUCUGGAAGAGGGGAAAUGAAUUUGUUGUUGAUUCACCAGUUUUCAAACUUGCUGAGUGAAGAUGGAGACCUCCUUUCGCUGCUUUUGAUCGGCGUAUCAAGAGAACCGAUCGGAUUCGAGAGGAUGCGAAACAAUUUUCGGAGACUACUGAAACACUUUGCGAAUGACCUCAAGGCAGAUAUUCUCAGCGCAUCGCACCGGGACCUAAUGAGAUUUGUAAGCUCAUAUUCAGUUAUGAUCACUCGCAAGCUCUUUGCCAUGGUAUUUAUCGACGAGCAGCCAAAGCUCAAUCCUGACGAAGACCUAGCUCACAAGAGGAAAGUGGAAUAUUAUCUUCAAAGUCUACAGGACACUUUUCCUCAGACAAGUGAAGUAAUCGAUGGACUCAAUCCCGAUGAGGACAGUGACCAAGGAUCCGUGGCAGAGGGAGCUAACGAGGAUGAGCCUUAUGAGGGAUCUUUGCAAAACUUGGAUCAAAUGAAGCACUUCAUUCUGCAAAGCGCCGCCUACCAAAUCCUUCGUCGUCGGCUCGAAGAUUUUGUUCAACCAUCACUGAACUCACAUUUUCGGGAUUUGGUGACCAGGUGGUCAAACCCAGAACAUAAGAACCAUGGCGAUGCUGCUCGGUAUAAACUACGGAACCUCGUCACAGAUUUACAGCACGUCAGUCCCCUCGAGAUUCGGUUUGAACGUGACGAGAUCAAUUCUCGAUUUCUCAUGGUCGUCAGCUACUACCAGCAUUUAAUUGAGCGCUGGACUGGAGAGUCUUGGGAUUGGUGGCCGUUACCUCGCUAUCCGAGACCACUGGCUGAAUCAGAGACACGGUUACGGUGGAAGUGUGUCUGUGGCGAAGAGCGAUGGGCAGAGGUGCCAAACACUCUUGUCAAACGCCUCCAAUCUAUAAUCAGAAGGCUUCCCGUUGACAGCUUGGUAACCCAACUUACGCCGCCUCCUCCAGAGGCACACACUUCUAACCCGAAUCCUUGCAACGUUCCAAACAUCAGUGUAACUUCUAACCAGACUUCCUAUCAAGGCCAUAGAGUCAAGCAACCGGACGGUUCACCGUCUAAUCCUUCGCUUCGUCUUCGACCCUCGGGACACAAUGUUAACAGCGCGGACAUGAGCAUCACUAGGCAACACGUCCUCUUUCUCGCAAAACAAGGCGGAGAUUAUAGACUCGCACAAAUCUGCAUUAGCAAUAUGACUUGUCAUUCCUUCUUCAGCACCAUGAAAAAGGAAUAUUUUCGCCUGAGAGGUGUCUUGCGAAGCUGGUUCAGCGUUUGGAGGUACUCUCAUUGUGACUUUUACAAAUUCGAGAAGUUCGAUGACCACGAGUUUACGCUCAGAAUCAAAGAUUCAUUCCCUGACCAUGCGAACACCGAUUACGAGUAUCAACCGAGACCGAUGGACAAUAUUCCGCCUAUCUCAGAGCACGAAUUCAUGAAACGUUUCUACGCUUGUCACAAUCCACGGCCACUACUUCACCUGCACCACGAAUGUAGAAAACUGGGCGCACAUUCCUCUGACAUCCUGCAGUUCCUCCCAAAGAAAAGAACCGAACUAGAAGAAGCAGGCAACAAGCGAGAGGAUUUUUGGGGGAUCUAUGCGCGCGAAAAGAUCAGCUUACGUUGGAUCAUUUUCUACAAUUUUCUCUGUGUUUCACCUUUGCUAGCGUUCUUCUUGGCGUGGAUUUUACCCCGGGAACUUGGCACAGACUUACAAAACCCAUCUAUCCCGCUUUCCAUGAUGAUUGCGAUGCUUUCUCUGUUUUGGAGUGUGUAUCUCAGCAGUCUACAGUUUGAAGGGCCGCUCUGA